AUGCCUGCUUUGGACGGUGCUUACACUCGAGGGACCAACCAAAUACCCACGGACUCUGAUUAUCCCGAGAUACCAGAACUCACCUCUGAAAAUCCAAAGAGCGUAAUCCAUGGGAUUCCUCGGGGCAAUUGCAAAUCUAGCUCGGUGUUUCUUGGCAUGAAUAUGCAACGUCUCUAUCGAUACCAGGUUACUGUGGAAAUCUUUGGAUCCCAGCGCAUGUCAGCCAUCGGGGAAGCUACCAUGAAAAAAGAGGCCGAAAAAGCUGCAUAUCUUCACAUAGUUACUCAGCUGCACCAGAAAGGCUUGUUGAAACUAGCAUAUAGUACUAAAUAUAGGACAGCCUUCAACGACAAAGAGCUCGCUCAGGACAGGAUGGUCAAGCAUGACGUGUACAACUACGCAGCAAGAUUCCUCUCCGUACCGAGAUUUCGCCACUUCAAGCUGGCGCCUGAGCUGACCAAAAAUGGAGAAACUGUCUACAAGACGGUGGUCGAAUUCUCCGACCGAAGUGUCAAAGGGGAGGGUGUGGAUCAAUCGCUCCCAGUUUCCGAGCGGAUUGCUUGUCUCAACUUCCUCAAGGAGAGUCAACGGCGCGAAGGGGCUCAUAAACGGAAGAGCAGGAGGGAGGAGACUCCGGCUACGUUUCGAACAAGCGAUAUUAUCGCAUUUUGGGUGUGGUAUCGCUCCGAGCAUCCUAGAACCAAACUCAGGAUGCAUGGGCCCUCUCCUACCGGAAUCGAUGGCUUGCUGAAAGCCCAAGUACUAAUGAAUGGAAAGCCGCUUGGAGAGGCCGCAGUGCUGUCUGGCAUUAUUGGCGAGGAAAAUGGAGCAGAUUAUUUUGCAUCUAUGACGGCUGCAGUUGCAUUGUUGAACACUGAUGUCGAUCUAUUUCCGCGAUAUCUCAUUGCAGUUGGUGUACAGCGCCCAGGACGCUUUUGGCGACCCGAGAUCCAAGUCGAUGCUGAAACGCCGUCCUUCAUGAGAACGGCCGUCAGCCGCAUACCGGAGCCUACGCCGCUAUAUCGAUGCAGAGGCUGGCUGUCCGCAAUUUUCGACUCAAGAAAAAGGUAA